UUCACAAAGCCACCUUCCAAAGGUCUCUUAAAGGAGGAGGACCUAUCUGCAGGGAAUGAGACCAUUUACCUUGGUAUUUCGUGCUCCUCUCCCCUCCUCACCCACUUUGCUUCAGGGGAUGAGUUUCUUCCAACUUUACAAUACUUUUGCACUGAGGAUGUCUGGUCCCUUUAACGACUAGGAUGACGUAAUACCGAGGCCCGCCUCACGCCCAUUUCCUUGGCCUUGCUCUAAGUCCUGCCCACUGUUCUUUGCACUCGGCCAAUUAAUGCCCUGACGCCCGGCUGCGCCACAUCCGGGUUCCUAGGAUGAGGAACUUGGCCUUGUAACCAGGCAACUACUGGUCCACCCCCUCAGAGGCGGAUUUUCCUUUCAGUUAGUUGCGGCUUGUCGCUCAACGGUUGCUAGCUGCAGCAACAAAGUCCCCCGCCCCCUGCCCGGUUGCUAUAGCGCAGCACACAAUCCCGCCUUCCCCUUGCCUCUCUUCCAAAACAGGCCUUCUUUCUCGGGGCUGAGGCCCUCUCCAGAACCGCUUCUAGUUGAGCAGAACCAGGGUCUGGGCCCCUUUGCGAAGGGGGAUUGUGCGCAUCAGGCGGGCGGCCCAGCGAGGACUGAACCCGAUCUGACCCCAGAGCCUUCAGCCAGGAAAAAAGAUGUCAGAUGAAGAUGAUCUGGAAGACUUUGAGCCAGACCAGGAUGAUCUUGAAAAAGAAGAGGAUGAGAAGGAGACAGAGGAGGGAGAGGACUACAGGAAAGAGGGGGAAGACUUCACUGAGGAUUGGAUGCCCAAUGCCCUCACAGAGGACUUGAUGAAGGAAGGGCUUUCUUUGCUCUGUAAGACUGGCAAUGGACUGGCUCAUGCUUAUGUCAAGCUGGAGGUCAAAGACAGGGAUCUGACAGACAUCUCCUUGCUGCGCUCCUACAUCCAUCUGCGCUAUGUGGAUGUUUCUGAGAACCACCUGACAGACUUGUCUCCACUCAAUUACCUCACCCACCUGCUGUGGCUCAAGGCUGAUGGCAACCGGCUGCGGAGUGCUCAGCUGGAUGAACUGCCCUACCUGCAGAUUGCCAGUUUUGCUUAUAACCAGAUCACUGAUACUGAGGGCAUCUCUCAUCCUCGCCUGGGCAGCCUGGACCUCAAAGGGAAUCGUAUCCGCAUGGUGACAGGUCUGGACCCCCAAAAGCUGAACAGCCUGCACACACUGGAGCUUCGGGGGAACCAGCUGGACAGCACCCUAGGGAUUAACCUCCCUAAACUGAAGAACCUCUUCCUGGCCCAGAACAUGCUGAAGAAGGUGGAAGGCUUGGAGAACCUAAGCAAUCUCACCACCUUGCAUCUUCGAGACAACCAGAUUGAGACUCUGAGUGGCUUUUCUGGGGAAAUGAAAUCACUGCAAUACCUCAACUUAAGGGGCAAUAUGGUGACCGACCUGGGGGAGCUGGCCAAGCUUCGGGACCUGCCCAAGCUGCGGGCCCUGGUGCUGCUGGAAAACCCAUGCACAGAUGAGAGUGACUACCGCCAGGAGGCCCUGGUGCAGAUGGCACACCUUGAACGGCUGGACAAGGACUUCUAUGAGGAGGAGGAGCGGGCUGAGGCUGAUGAGAUCCGUCAGAGGUUGAAGGAGGACCAGGAGCAUCAGGCUGAGCCUGAUCACGAGGAAGACCUGGACCAGUCAACAAACCAGCAGCAGUUCUAGCCUCCGAGGAUGGAGAUAAAGGCACUGGCCCCAAGACCUGGCAUGACUCCCAGCGGGGACCACCACCUUCACAUCCCUCAUCAAGGAUGGAGGACACUUGCUUCUGUCUCUGAGCUGGGAAUUCAUCAGAGCCUGCCUCCCAGGCUCUGGGCCAGGAGGCUGGAUAGUGUGGGGUGCUGGUGGGCCUGAGCUCUGCACUCACCCUCAGGCAGGGGGCAGCCCUUAAGGAGUCUGGGUGGGAGCCAGGCUUGGAAUGACUGUAUAAGCCCAUCAGAACUUGUCGAGUUGGCUGAGGAGAACUCAGGAGAUGGAGGCGGGCUGGGGUGUUUAGGAACAGUUCAGUUUUUGAAUAAAGAGACAUUUUGACACUA